AUGGAUGCCAAGUCGCCAAAAGUGCUGCCGCCGCUGCGCAUCGUGAUCUGCCCGUGGCUCGCGUUCGGCCACAUGCUCCCGUACCUGGAGCUCGCAGAGCGCCUGGCGUCGCGUGGCCACCGCGUGUCCUACGUCUCCACGCCCAGGAACCUCGCGCGCCUGCCGCCGCGGCGCCACGCCGUGGACCUCGUGGCGCUCCAGCUCCCGAGGGUGGAGGGCCUCCCCGAGGGCGCCGAGUCCACCAACGACGUCCCCGGCGACAGGCUCAAGCCGCUCUGGGAGGCCUUCGACGGCCUCGCCGCGCCGUUGACGAAGUUCCUGAGCGCUGCGUGCGCCGGUGACGAGGUGAGCCGGCCGGACUGGAUCUUGGUCGACACGUUCCACCACUGGGCACCCGCCGUCGCCGCGGCGCACAGGGUGCCGUGCGCGAUGCUCCAGCCCAGCGCGGCCACGAUAGCGGCGUGGGCGUUCGGGGCGCGGGACCGCGCGGAGCUCGGCGCGGCCUCCAUAUUCGAGCAGCUCACCACCGUGGAGGAGCCACCGGCGGGCAUGCCGCGCUACGAGUGGGAUGGGGACGCGGCGUUGUUCACACCUGUCGGCACGUCAGGUAUGUAG